CAAGCUUAUCAAUAAAUGACUUCUACAGAAUUUGCAAGCAAAGAUAAUACUCCAUCUAGGCUGAAAAAAUUCAUAACCUCUAAAUCUUCAAGAAAAGACUAUAAUUUUGUAUCCGAAGAGAAGAAGAAUAGGAAUGAGGUUCAGAAGGAUAUUGAGAAGUUACUCAAGCAAGAGUUUUAUCAGAAAGCAUCUGAGAAUGUCAAGAACGCCAUUAGAUUACGAACCAAGAAGGAUACUAAGAGCUUCUUCUAUAGACAAUUGCAGAAUUUGAAUGAUAAGAUAGUGGUCUUUAAAUAGUAUGCAAGAGAAAUUUUGAUCAAAUGAGCGAUUUAAUGAAGCAUACCCAAAUGUCAACCAACUCUUAGAAUCUCAAGGCCUUAUGGAUAAACAUAACAACAUUAACCAAUUGCUAGAUAAGAAGAAUGGUACUCAGAAAAAACGACAAAAGAGUGGCAGACUGAAUCUAGAAAUCAAGUCUGCUAAACAUAAGAAUUCCAAAAAGAAAUUAGAUAGAAGAAGAGGAUCUAAAAGAAGCUCAAAGUUUUUGUCUACCUCAGUUAUUUCAUCAUGUGAUCUUGAUAAAAAUAAAUACCCUCAUGAGAAUUUAGAGAUAGACAAUCCUAUUUCAGAAAAUGAAGAAGAUUAUUCUCAAAUCAGUAAACCAAAAGAAAAGCAGAAGAAAAGAAAGUCUAAUCGUAAAAAUAGGUUUAAGUUGCCAGAUUUGAAACUUAAGCUUCAUGAAGGUAUUGAAAAGAAGUGUUGUUUUAAGAAGCAUGCCAGAGAUGUCGGAAGAAUAGUUUCAGUCAUCGAUUCUAUAUCUUCCGUUUCGAAAUAAGAAGAUCGAUAUGAAUAAAUCAUUCUUUAUUAAGUCAAAAGAAAAGAAGCUUAGUAGCAAAAGAAUUCAAGAGACAAGUUUUAGAUCUAAUAAAUUCAUUAAUUCCGAUAAAAAUGAUCAGACUUUUCAAACAGGAAGAGUGAAGUCAACUUCUCCUGCCUGGAAUAGACUUUCUGCUCCAAGAUACAUCUCUCCAAACUUGAGUGCAAUUAAACCGUUGCAAGAACAUAUUCUCAAUGGAGAACUUCCAAAUAUUAACAAGAAAAAGAAAGAAAUGAGUAAUACCAAAUUGAACAAUUCCAGGACCCAAUUGGUAUAUCAGAAUUCUGUUAAAUCGUUGCGAAGUAUAAAAAGCAAUUCCAAGCCAAGGGUAAAACUACCAAAGAAGAUAUUAAAAAGUAGUCAUAAUUUUGAAGUCAGCUCUCAGAGUGCAAGCUUCAACAUUGAAAAUAGAUUCAAAAUGAAGCAUAAAGGCAACCGCAAUUUUAACGGAUCAAUGAAUAGGACAUUAAUAUUAAACAAGAAACCUGAAAUUGAAAACAUCCGAAAGAUUUAUUGCCAAGAAAUCUCUUAAGACUUAAGCUUCCUCAUGAUCCGUUCAGAAAAAUUGGAGGGAGAGGUAAACAAUUCUUAUAAAAAAUGUCC